AUGGAUGCUUUUGUGAGUAGAAACAAACCUGGAGUUCAAACAACACUUAAUCAGAAAUAUAAAAAGGAAGAAAGAGAAGAAGUUUGUCAACAAAUAGCUCAUUUUUUUUACACUAGUGCAAUUCCAUUCAAUGUCGUUAACAAUCCCGAAUUUCCUAUCAUGGUUGAAAAAAUUGCAAAGUAUGGGAUUGGACUUAAACCACCAAGCUAUCAUGAAAUAAGGGUGAGAUUUUUGAGUAAAGAAGUGAAAAAUGUAGUGACCAUGCUUGAGGAGUUCAAAGAAGAAUGGAAAAAAACAGGUUGCACCAUUAUGUCAGAUGGAUGGAGUGAUAGAAAAAGACGCUCCAUUUGUAAUUUCUUAGUGAAUAGCCCUAAGGGGUCUGUGUUCUUAUCUUCAAUUGAUACAUCUGAGAUCUCUAAAACAGCUGACAAAGUUCUUGAAAUGUUAGAUGCGGUUGUAGAAAAGGUUGGUGAAGAGAAUGUUGUGGAAGUUGUCAUAGAUAAUGCUGCAAACUACAAAGCUGCUGGAGAAAAAUUGAUGGAGAAAAGGACUAAAUUAUUUUGGACGCCAUGUGCUGCUCACUAUAUUGAUCUAAUGCUUGAGGAUUUUGAUAAGAAGAUUAAGGUCCAUAGUGUUACCAUCGGUAAGGCUAGGAAGAUAACAACUUACAUAUACUCUAGAAUCAUACUCCUCACUUGGAUGAAAGAGUUUACCAAAGAUAGAGAGCUUAUUAGACCUGGUGUCACACGAUUUGCUACAUCUUACCUGACAUUGAGGUGCUUAAAUGAGCAUAAAGGAUCAUUACUUGCUUGUUUUCAUCUAAUAAAUGGAUAUCAAGUAAGUUUUCUAAAUCUGUUGAAGGGAAAAAAGUUUAGAGAAUUGUCUUGGAUACCAGGGGAUUUUGGCAGAGUGUUAUAA